AAAUUAAUAUGAGGAAAAUGUUCCAUUCACCAAACCAUAACCAAAACGAGAGGUAGAUAAAUUCUUCGGCAUAACCGCAAGCUUAAAGUAGGAUAAUUCGGGUAAUUGUAUAAUAGCAAAGUUUGGUACCUAUCAAUUUCUGUAUUACCUGCUUAAGCAGCCUUUUUUUUUAAAUGCAUAAAACAAAAAAAUAUUAUAUAAUAUCAUGUUUCACACUACUCCAGCAGUUUUUCAUUAAUUGGUGUAGCAAACCUGCUGAAAACAAUCGUUGCCCAAGUAGUCCGAUAGCCUAAAAUAACUCUCCCUCCCGCCGUCACCGUACCACAUCACUGCUACUGCGUCACUGCGAUGCGAAGGGGACAAGUCAAGUUUAUUAUUCUCUUUUGCUAUCGUUUUUCCUCGUGCGACGAGCCACGUACGGAGAAAAAAACACAACGAGUUGCGCGGAUCAUUCUCUUCUAAGAGCUGUAUAUAGUCUAAUUAUGUAUUUAUUAUUUCCGAGUGAGCAAUGCAUCAACAUUUUGUUACGUACUGAGAGGAUUCAAGUUUAUUCAUUACUCGAACACAUCGCAAUCUGUACAGUUUGGGACAAAACGACAAUCGGGUCAUAAUCGUUUCGUUUCCAUCGCUGAUCCUGAGUGAAACGGAUUCACAAUUUCGUUUUGUGAUUUGUCCACAGUUUUUAGCAUUUACCAGCACGAUUCAAAACCGAUACACUAGCGUUCUAUUUUUAGCAUAGAAGCCUAGGAAAGUUGCAAUAAAUCACUUAAUUUACAUACCCCUAAACGGAUGCGGCACGUGUUUAUUUAGGACCCUUAAAGAAAAACCAACGGUGUCACAAAACAAACCAAAACACAAACACAUCCGAUUAGUUGUUAUGCUACUUCUUCACCCCCUGCCAGUGACGGUAAGGUGUUAGCGGUUUGCUGAGGUCAUAAAUUUUCAUGGAAAUCGAGCGCAUAGAAGUACGAAGAGCAGCAGCAAAGCAAGCGUUGAAAUCGCUUGCAAGAAAUCUCUCACGAACGAAAAACACAAGCGAGUGAACAAACAAACGACUGCUUCGAUCGGGUGCGAUCUGUUCAUCUCGUUAACGACUUAAUGCAUCUAACAAGUGUUCUUUGAUUGCUUCUGUGGGUUGAUCCGAGUGCGUCUGUUUCAUACGCAAAACAAUUAGUCGCGAUCGGGUUCAGUUGAUGGAAGGAUGUUUUCGUCGCAUCGAGCGUUCCAAGGUUGCGGUAGACAAUGAGUGUGCGCGGGAAUAGAAACCGGCGGCUUGCUGAAGCCAGUAAAUCGAUGGAUAACGUGUACCAGGAACUGCUGGAUGCCAACGAUUUUAUCGGGUCGUCUGGAACGAUCGGAGGCGAUGGACACUGUCAGCGGUCGCAGGCGAAUGCAAGGGAGCGCUUCAGAACUCACAGUGUCAAUUCCGCCUUCACCAACCUGCGGUUGCUGAUUCCAACAGAACCAAAAAAUCGAAAGCUGUCCAAAAUCGAAACCUUACGACUGGCUAAAAGCUAUAUCUCGCAUCUCAUGGCAGUUCUGGUGACAGGAAAUCUAAGACAACCAUGCUUGCUAGCACAGAGCUCCCAGCAGUUCGACAUCGAAGGCGGGGAUGAAACGAAAGCGACCACUUUACAGGAGGACUCUGCUCUCGACGUUGUCGGUAAACCUGACAGUUGCAUAAAUAGUCGCCCCACCAGGGCAAAUAUUUGUACGUUUUGUGUAUCACCAAAACGGUGAAAUUCAUUUUAAGAGUGACUUUAAUCUUACGCAAUAGACGACAAAGGUCCAAGCACGAUUGAUACGUUGCGGCUGCGUUUGCGUCAAUUUGACAGUUAGCCCAUACAUUUUCUAUUACAUUAACGUCAACGUAACGCAAACGUAUCCAUUGUGUUCAGGUCAUAACAUUCAGCAUUCUUUUGUAAUAAUUUAAAGAUUACAAUAGUCUUAAAGUUUAUCUAGAAUGGUAAUAUUGUAAACCAGAGAAUUCCAUGUUAUCAAUAGCUUAGCCGUGACUAAUUUGUAUUGAAACUAAAAUGAGGAAUAUCAAAACACAUAUUUGUGAUGUUCAGUCCUUUUACCGGUACGCACAAGAGGAGUUAGAAUACAAACAAAACCAAGUUGCUGAGUAAUAGAAUGGAAAGGCUGAUAAUAAUGUAGAUCAAAUGAUAAAUUUAUUGGCACUGGAAUAAAUCAUGAAAACUCGUUGUUCAUAAACAUAAACAUUUUCGACUCUCGAGAUUUAAAAAAUAAUAGCCUUAAUGUUCGCUAUCGAAACGAAGCAAAUCACGGGUUUCGGUUGAAAAAACGGAACAUCCCUACAGAGUGUUUUUCUGUUCCGGUCUGGUCUGCAGAUCCGAUCCUGUGAAAUUAUAC